CGCGGCACGGAUACAAGUGAUGUUUUCCUGCAGAACGGCGUGGCAGAGGUGCGGGCCCGUGGCGCGGAGGGCUGCCUACAGCUUACCCCGACCCGGUGUCCAGCACAGGUCCAUGUCCUCUCUGCCUAGCGGAGGCUCAGGCGAAAACAUAGUCUACGCUCUGCUUUGUGGAGGGGCCUUUGUGGGAGCCGUGUCCUAUGCCUACAACACUGUGUCCUCGGACAGCGCCCGCUUCAAUGACCGCAUCACCGAGAUGGCCUCCCGCCCCAAGACUGAGUGGAAGCCCCGUGCCUGGCCCCCCAAGAGUGGAGAUGAAGAAGGUGAGUCACAUGACCGCGACUGCUCUCAGACCUGCCUGUGCCUACCCCUGUGGGAAGAGGAGGCGGCUGCUGAGGAAGAGGCUCCUGAAGAAGCUGAAGAUGUAGCUGCAGUGGAGGAGAAGCCAGCAGCAGAAGUAGUGGAGGAGGAGUCAGCAGUAGAGGCAGUGGAGGCAGUGGUGGAAGCUCCUGCAGUGAGAGCUGUAGAGGAGCUGGCGGUGGAGGUAGUCGCAGAGGCGGCUGAGGUAGUCAUAGAGGUGGCGCAGGAAGUGGAAACUGUGGCACAGGAAGUGGAGGCGGCGGCGCAGGAAGUAGAGACUGUGGCGGAGGAAAUAGCCAAAGUGGCUGCGGCCAUGGAGGAGGCAGCGGAGUCUGUGGAGAAGGUGGCCGAGAUGGCAGCAGUCACUGACGAACCUGAAGUGAACGUGGUGCUGGCAGCAGCCUCUACCAUGGAGGGGACCAAAUUACAUGAGGUACAAGAGGCCCUUACACUUCCCCCCGAGGUUCUACCCAAGCAAAGUCAAGAGGCCCCAGCUGCAGAAGAACCUGCCACUGUGCUGGAAGAAGCAUCAGCUGCAGUAGAACUUGCCCCUGUGGCAGAGGAAGCACCAAUAGAACCUGCUGCAGAAGGGUCCCCAACUCCAGUAGAACCUGUUGCUGCAGUGGAAGAGGCACAAGUUGAACCGGCUCCUGCAGUGGAAGAGACACCAAUGGAACCUGUUACUCCAGUGGAGGAGACUAUACUAGAACCUGUUGCUGCAGUGGAGGAGGCAUCAAUAAAACCUGCUCCUGCAGUGGAGGAGGCACCAGUAGAACCUGCUCCUGCAGCGGAGGAGGCACCAGUAGAGCCUGCUCCUGCAGCGGAGGAGGCACCAGUAGAGCCUGCUCCUGCAGCGGAGGAGGCACCAGCAGAGCCUGCUCCUGCAGCGGAGGAGGCACCAGCAGAGCCUGCUCCUGCAGCGGAGGAGGCACCAGCAGAGCCUGCUCCUGCAGCGGAGGAGGCCCCAGCAGAGCCUGCUCCUGCAGCGGAGGAGGCCCCAGCAGAGCCUGCUCCUGCAGCGGAGGAGGCCCCAGCAGAGCCUGCUCCUGCAGCGGAGGAGGCCCCAGCAGAGCCUGCUCCUGCAGCGGAGGAGGCCCCAGCAGAGCCUGCUCCUGCAGCGGAGGAGGCCCCAGCAGAGCCUGCUCCUGCAGCGGAGGAGGCCCCAGCAGAGCCUGCUCCUGCAGCGGAGGAGGCCCCAUCAGCUGUAGAACCUCUUGCUGUCCUGGAGGCACCAGUAGAACCUGCCCCAGUGGUGGAGGAGGCCCCAGCUGCAGUUGAACCUGCCCCAGUGGUGGAGGAGGCCCCAGCUGCAGUUGAACCUGUCCCAGUGGUGGAGGAGGCCCCAGCUGCAGUAGAAUCUGCCCCAGUGGUGGGGGAGGCACCAGCUGCAGUGGAACCUGCCUCUGUUGUAGAAAUUGUGAAUGUACCAGUGCAAAUGCCUAAGGACACUGUAGCAGCUGCCAAUAGAGAGUACUUUGUUGUAGUUCUUGAAGGAGCACCCAAAUCAGAACACAGGCCGAAGGUGCUCGGUGUGGGUCCAAUGACCGGAAGAAUAAUCCCAGCUCCAGAUGAUGAUGAUGAUGACUCUUCCUCCCAGGAAAAGCGGCGCCUUCUUAGGAUGCAAAUGCAGUAGUUCUACUCAAGUAAUCAUAUCCUGAAGGACUGGCUCUGCUGCUGUGCCUUCACAAACUCCAGCAUGGACCACAGACACAUCACUAUGGAUAACUCUACACCUUCCUACAGUUUACCAGCCUGCUUUCUACUGUUACACAUGGGACACUUUUAUACUUCUUUUAGACCUAGGCACAUUAGUCUAACUCGUGGUGAAUAAAUUUGCUUUCAUGGGAUUUCCAAAAUAAGCAUUUUCUACACACUCCUCAGGAUUAAAGUCAAUACCUCUACUGUAGUACUAUAAAUACUUGUUUGGGGUAUCCACUGGAUCACCACAAUGUCAAAGA